UAUAACUGGAAACACAACCUCCGCGGAAGUUGGUUGGUUGACCUCGCUUCGCGUAGCUAACUGUGGAGACUCGUGUGUGAACGCUUCGCCAUGUCCAACACCGUCAAAAGGCUGGAAGUGACAUAUAGUCCCGUCAAUGAGAGCAACACUUUCACCAACGGCGACAUCAUCUACGGCCAGGUCACGCUGGAAGUGGCCAAAGAGUGCAAAAUAGAGUCGCUGUCCAUUAAAUUCAAGGGGAAAGCUGAUGUGUUGUGGAGCGAGAGGCACGGCAAAACCACUGUUGUGUACCACUCCAAAGACAAGUACUUCAGCGUGAAACAGUACUUCAUCCGGAACAAAAAUUACGAAGGGGAUGAAGAACGAACACUGAUAACAAACCAGACUGGAGAAACAUACAGCAAUGUUGUUGCACCAGGGGUCCAUGUCUACCCCUUCUCUUUUCAGUUCCCUGUACAGAAUAUACCCUCCACAUUCAAAGGUUCUGUUGGGAAAAUUAUAUACCUGCUGGAAGCCUCGCUGAGCAGAUCGAUGAGGAUUAGCAAGAAAGAGUCGGUUAAAGUCACGUUUGUGGCAAGACCAGACCUUAACAUCGUCCCUGAGCUGAUGGCGCCACAGCAUGAGUCUAAGGAUAAGAAAAUGAAGGUGUUCACCUCGGGAACUGUAGCCAUGGACGUGGAUAUUGAAAAAACUGGUUUCUUCCAAGGUGAAGGAUUAAAGGUUUUGGCAUCCAUUCAGAACAAUUCGUCCCGUGAGAUAAAGCCCAAGUACUGCAUUUACAGGAAGCACAGCUUCUUUGCCCAGGGGAAGAGAAGGGUGAAUACGGAAGACCUCCUUAAAGAGGUGGGAGAUCCCAUCCCUCCGUCUUCUAAAGAAAACGUCACGAGGGUCAUUACCAUUCCUCGUGACGUGGAGCCCUCCAUUCACAACUGCAGCAUCAUUAAAGUAGAGCACAGACUGAGGGUUUACCUGGAUGUCAAGUAUGCUUCGGACCCAGAAAUCAAAUUUCCCAUUGUCAUCCUCCUGGCCCCUGAGGUCCCUGCUAUGGCACCACCGCCUGCCGCUGCUAGUGGCUAUGGAUUUGAACCAUUUGGAAAUCCACACCCUCCAGCCUGGGGUAUGGCACCACCACAGCCACCAACCGCGGCCCAAGCUUCAGAUCUUCCUCCUCCUUAUGCAGCGUACGAAAUGUACCCUUCUCUGAACAACUUUGGCCAAAAACAUCAGUGACGUGACUGAAAAGAUGCAUGGACAUUUAAGUAAUUAGGUAAAGCGACAGAGAAUUCAAUAUUAUAUACAGACAUAUAUACGUAUACAUCGCCAUUGCCUAAAUGCCUUUAAAAUAUGUUUAUAUUAAGUGUUUGGCAUUAAAGCAUCUGCUUCUGUUUGUAUCCA